AUUUCAAUCACACCCCUUUGCGUCUCUGUAAACCCAACUCAACAAACAGCACCCUCCUCAGGUUAAUAAACACGUCAAAACGCAAGACCCUUCUCUCUCCUCUUCUCCAUUUUUAUUUCCCAUAAAAGGCCAAAGCUGCUUGACCAAACAGUUCUCACAUUCACAAGUCACAACCCCAGAUUCAGUGGUUGUGAUUGAGAAAAGGUUUCGCCUUUGAUCAGUGUUAUAGGUUGAGGUGAAAUCAAUUUGUGACCAACAUGUAUCUUCUGAGAAGAAAAUCUCAAAGCCCUGUUGAGGAUGAUUCUGCUCAAAAGGAGGCACAGAAAGAAGCUCAGAAGGAAGCAAAGAUCAAAGAACUCAGGGCUGCACUUGGGCCGUUAUCUGGGCGUAGUUUGAAGUAUUGCACUGAUGCAUGUCUUGGGAGAUAUCUGGAAGCAAGGAACUGGAAUCUUGAGAAGGCGAAGAAAAUGAUUGAGGAGACACUCAGGUGGAGGGCUAGUUAUAAGCCUGAAGAAAUCCGUUGGCAUGAAGUAGCACACGAAGGUGAGACUGGCAAAGUGUCGAGAGCAAAUUUUCAUGAUCGAUUUGGGAGGACUGUACUAAUAAUGAGGCCAGCGAAGCAGAACACAAAUUCACCAGAAGGCAAUGUCCGCCAUUUGGUCUAUUGUAUAGAAAAUGGUAUCCUGAACCUGCGUGAAGGUCAAGAACAAAUGUCGUGGUUGAUUGACUUCACUGGCUUUUCAUUGAACACCAAUGUUUCUGUCAAGACAGCUCGUGAUUGUAUCAACAUUCUGCAGAACCAUUACCCUGAGAGGCUUGCUGUUGCAUUUCUGUACAACCCACCUAGGAUUUUUCAGGCAUUUUGGAAGGCUGUCAAGUAUUUCCUGGAUGCCAAGACAUUUCAGAAGGUGAAGUUUGUUUACCCCAUAGGCAAGGAAAGCGUGGAGCUCAUGAAGACUUUCUUUGAUGUUGAAAAUCUUCCAGUCGAGUUUGGGGGACAAACCACCCUAAAGUAUGAUCACGAGGAGUUUUCACGUAUGAUGGCCCAGGAUGAUGUGAAAACUGCCAAGAUAUGGGGACUUGAUGAGAAGCCAUGCCACAUAGCUAAUGGACAUAUGGGAGCAGAGGUGGCACCCGAACCAAUUGCAACCGCAGUCGCAACCGCAGCUAGCUGAGUAACCAUGCUGAUGCCAUUAUAGUAGUAAUCUAAAGAAUUGUACAAUGAGCACAAGCUGAAUCUAUUUGUAUGAGCAAGUACUUCAUCUACUGUGCUUAACUGCUGCUAACUAUGAGGGAGAGACCAUCCGCCUCUUUAUGUUGUUUUUCCGAUGUUCUCACAUUGAACGUACGAUGUAAUGUCAUUCUUAUCUUUCAAUGAAUCUUUUGUCAUUCUA